UCAAUCGCAAUAAUAAUAAUAUGUUUGUAUACUAUUACUAAUGAUUUAAUAUUGUUUUGAUUUAUAUUUUGCUGAAUAGUGAGUACUGUGAAUCUCAUCUAAAUUACGCUAACUUAACAUUUUUCUCUAUUGGACAAUAGAUGAGAUUGAUUUCUAGCCUUAAAAGUACUUGUUUCUGUUUAAAUGAUGUGUUGAUCUGAUUACCAUGUGCCCUUCUCGUAUAAGAAGAAAAUUAAAAGAUCCCUAAUCCCUGAUUUGUUAAUUGAAACUGUCAAGGAAAGUUUUCUUAUAAGUAAUCUUGUAUCGGAUAAUUAAGCUUUUAUCUUCAAUGUCUUCCUCAUGGGUCUAUUUAUUGGCUGUUGCCUUUUUGUUAUUCUCAUUUCACUCUGUCAAAGGUUUGGAGUGUUAUUGUGAUAUAUGUGUUGAUACAAAUUUUACAUGUAUUACGGAUGGUUAUUGUUUUUCAAGUAUUUCUCUUAACAAAGAUACUGGAGUUAAAAUUUAUUCAUCAAGUUGUUUGCACAAGGCCCAGUUUCUUCCACCAGAAAAUCCUCGUAUUUGUUUUCGAAAAGAGCUACGUGAGGAAAGUUCAAUAUUCUGUUGCCAGGAUCGAAACUAUUGCAAUCGAUUGUUGUAUCCAAAAUUAUUUGAAGCUAAAUCUACAGAUGACAAUGAAAACAGCCGCAGAAGUAAGGAACGUUUGGGUACAUGGCAAUUGGCUAUUAUCAUAGCUGGUCCUAUUGCAGUUGUUUGUUUAGUUGUUAUGUUAAUCAUGAACUUUUUGACUGGUUCUAAUAAACGACAUAACAUAAGAUAUUUACCAACUCCUCGUACCAUAGCUGCUGAUCAGCAGCCCAUCUUAACUGCAGCUGUAUCACUAAGAGACAUGAUUGAAAUGACUACAAGUGGAUCAGGAUCAGGUUUACCCCUCUUGGUUCAAAGAAGUAUUGCUAGGCAAAUUCAGCUAGGUGUACCUAUUGGCAAAGGGAGAUUUGGAGAAGUUUGGCAAGGAAAGUGGCGUGGUGAACAAGUCGCUGUAAAAAUUUUCUCAUCAAGAGAAGAAAGGUCAUGGUUUAGGGAAGCAGAAAUAUAUCAAACUGUUAUGUUGCGUCAUGAUAAUAUAUUAGGAUUUAUAGCAGCAGAUAAUAAAGAUAAUGGAACAUGGACUCAAUUAUGGCUUAUAACUGAUUAUCAUGAAAAUGGAUCUUUGUUUGAUUUUUUAAAUCGAACUACGGUUGACACAAAUGGUAUGAUAAGAAUGGCUUUAUCAAUUGCAACUGGACUAGCACAUUUACAUAUGGAAAUUGUUGGAACUCAAGGAAAGCCAGCUAUUGCACAUCGUGAUCUUAAAUCAAAAAAUAUUUUAGUUAAAUCUAAUGGAACUUGUGCAAUUGGUGAUUUAGGACUUGCUGUUCGUUAUGAUACUUCAAUGGAUACUGUUGAUAUACCAUUAAAUCAUAGAGUAGGCACUAAACGGUAUAUGGCACCCGAGGUUUUAGAAGAAACAAUCAAUAUGAAUCAUUUUGAUUCAUUUAAAAGAGGUGAUGUUUAUGCUUUGGGUUUAAUACUAUGGGAAAUUACUAGAAGAUGCAAUAUUGGAAAUAUGCAAGAAGAUUAUCAACUGCCAUAUUAUGAUAGUGUACCAUCAGAUCCCACAAUUGAUGAAAUGCGUAAAGUUGUUUGUUUUGAAAUGAAACGACCACUUAUACCUCAAAAAUGGAAUGCUUGUCCGUGUUUGCAAACAAUGAGUAAACUUAUGCAAGAAUGUUGGUAUCAUACAGCAUCAGCUCGACUUACUGCAUUACGCAUUAAAAAAACUUUAUCAACAUUAGGUGCCAUUCAAAAUCACAAUUUUAAUACAAAUAUUUAAAAUGUCUGUGGUUUCUUUAUUAAAAGUAUACUAGUUACUACUAGAUUAUGUACAAAAAUUUAGUAUGGUAUUUGAAUAUCUACUCUACUAAUAAUAUUUAUUUAUUUAUGUUAU